AUGGCCGCCGCGCUGGGACAUGCAAGAGCUUUUGUCGGGCCCGUCAUCCAUUCUCUCUCGGUCUCGAAGCUCGAGAUUACUCCCUUGGCCCUGCUGAUUAUUGAUCCUCAAGGCAAGAUCAACAAACUAGUUAAACUCGAGCCGGAUGGUUUGGCAGAACAACUAGACCAAGCCCUCGACCACCUUCCUUUUUGUCUCGACCGAACCAACACCACGUACCUCAACCCGGGCGAAUUCCUCAUACCUGGUUUUGUCGACACCCACAACCACGCCCCUCAGUAUGCUCAGCGAGGACUAGGCCAGGGAAUGCACAUCCUCGACUGGCUCUCCAAGAUCACUUUCCCCAACGAGGCCAAGUUUUCCGAUCCGGUCUAUGCCCGCAAGAUCUACACUGCCUGCGUGGAGGGGUCCUUGAGACAAGGCAUCACCACUGCGAGCUACUUCGGUUCUGUACACGCUGAGGCGACGAAGAUACUGGCUGACAUCUGCUUGCAAAAGACGCAGAGGGCCUACGUGGGAAAGUGCAACAUGACGCGCAACUCGCCCGACUUUUACGUGGAAAAAAGUGCGAGGGACUCGCUGAGGGAGACCAGAGAGUGCAUAUCACAUGUCAGAGUCAUAGAUCCAGCAGGGAGGUUGGUAAAGUAUGUAAUCACACCUCGAUUUGCCAUCUCUUGUGACGAAGAAACACUCAAAGGGCUGGGGGACAUUCGGAGCGAGAACGAGGAUCUGGCAGUGCAAACGCACUUCAAUGAGGCUAAGCAGGAGAUGGAGGAGACUCAGCGGCUGUUCCCGCAGUUUGGUGGGAGCGAGGCAGAUCUAUACCAGGAGUUUGGGCUGCUAGGGAAGAGAACGAUACUGGCGCACUGCUGCUAUAUGGAUGAGCACGAACUAGAAAUAAUUGAAAAGCUGGGCUGUGGAGUGGCGCACUGCCCGAUAGCAAACAUGACAGUGGGAGGGGGGUUUAUGGCAGCCCCAGUAAGGGAGCUCUUGGAUAAAAAGAUCAAGGUUGGGCUUGGCACGGAUAGCGGUGGCGGGUUUUCCAGUAGCAUGUUGGAUGCUAUGCGGCAGGCUAUGAUCGCCAGUAACGCAAGAGAGGUGAUGUCUGAAGGUAAGGACAAGGGACUAAGCAUCGCCGAGGUCUUUUACCUGGCAACCCUCGGAGGAGCUGCAGUCUGCUGCCUCGAAAACAAGAUUGGAAGUUUCGAGGCCGGAAAGGAUUUUGAUGGACUGAUCAUUGGCACUAAAGGAGCCGACCAAGGAAUCAUGACCAUGGUGGAAGAGGACGACACACUGGAGACGGUGUUUGAAAAGUUCAUCAUGACUGGGGAUGACAGGAAUAUUGUUGAAGUUUAUGUCCAGGGGCAAUAUGUCAAGGGGCAAAGAGCCUGUGUUUCAACCAGCUGA